GGCCCAUUCAUCUCGCGCAUCCAUUCAUGUCCAGCCUCUUACAAUCAGUCCUAUCAGCCAAGUUAGCGGGCACGUCCCUCGACGAAGAAGGGAGGGCGCAGUCGCACGACGCGGCGAUGGGCGAGGAUUGGGAGGAGGUCAACACCAGCGACGAGGAGAUGGUCGCAAUAGCCACUGCACCCGGUACCGGUACGGGGACGCCGGCGAAUAUCAGUCGACCCACCUCGCCUGGCUCGUCCAAGCCGACAUCAGGCAAGUCGGCACUGAGCAACGAGCGUCCCGUGAAGGUGAAAGCGCCAAAAAGCAAGACGGAUCCGUUGCGAUCCCUGCCCAAGGAGGCAUCACAACGUAUCUUCCUCCCCCUACCAGUCCCCGCACUCCUCUCCCUCUCCCUCGUCUCCAAACGCUACCGCAAAUCCGCCACGUUAAACUACUGCUGGUAUCGCAAAUGCCUAGCGGAUUUUGAUAGUGAGGACGCGGGAAGUAACACCGCUGCAGCAGCUACGACGACGACGAGCGUACAGCCCGGCGGGGGAACCGCAACGACGGCGCACUGGACUCGGAGGGAGAGCAAGACGGACUGGAAGCGAGAGUAUGGUCGUCGUCGUCGCCAAGAGAGUAAGGAUCGUCUACGCGAAUCUUCCCUGCCUGAUAGCGGGACGACGACCCCUUCGCGAUCGCAGCGUCUGGCCGAUUCGGGUGUCAAGACGACGAGGGAUAUGAGGGAGGAGCAGUGGGCGCAACAGGCGCAGCAGGAGACGGGGUACUCGAAGAAUGAGUUGCGGUCGUUCUACAAAGAGGCGGGAGGGAGUAAGGGUGGGAAGGGAAAGGGGGUCAAGCCUCCUAGAGGGAAGGGAGGGAGUAGGGAGGUGGAUGAGGGGAUUUGGGAGUGAGCAUGGUGCGGGGCGGAGCGAGCAGCGAAGUAUGUACUGGUGCAAGGAGGACAUAUCUAUGCGACUCGAUACGAUUCAUCCUGACGCUGUCCAGCAAGGAGUGAGCGGGCGGGCGGGCGGCCGGGCGGCCUCGCCUUGGAAGCUCACCCGCGCGUCGCCCCUGCCCUCUCCUCAAUAGGAGGGGGAUAAUCACUCCUUUUCAGUCUGAGCAGGAGAGGAGUGCGUCAGGACUUGUGGUGUUGUUGAU